AUGGUGGGACCUCCCGACACAAGAAGACGGGACAAACGGUGUGAAUACCACAAAGAUCACGGUCAUGAUACGAACAACUGCUAUGCUCUAAAAGACCACCUUGAGGAAUUGGUGCAAGAUGGUCAGCUUCUGCAACACGUACGAAAGAACGCAAUCAAGACUGUUGCCCUUCGGCAGGAUUCACCUCCGCUCGGAAUCAUUCAUAUGAUAUACGACCUUCCAAUGCCACUUGCCGGACACGCAAUUCAAGCCCCCCUGAAGAAACUCUCACCAUCGAAGCAACACCGCGAAGCUCCGAGUAUUAUCUUCAACGAUUCCGAUCUUAUCGGCGUAACACUCCCCCAUAGUGAUCCACUGGUCAUUGAGCUACACGUAAAUCAAUUCAUCGUUGAAUGCGUCUUCAUAGACCAAGGAAGCACUUCGGAGGUUAUGUAUUACAAAACCUUCAUCAAACUCGAUUUCAACUAA